AUGUCAGCCUUGAACGUCUGCAAUCAUCGUUUUGUAUACAAAAUAGCACCCACGGAUCCCGCCAGCCCGUUUUACCAGAGACACGACGAGAUGAGGCAGUGGAGUCUCUCGCUGCCACAAAUUCUCCAGUGGUCCGACGAUAGUUAUUCCAACCAUUCUAGCCUAGGCCAGGGUAAGGACUUUAUCGCAAUGCAUUUCUUGAUCCGAAGUGCCUCCUGCGUAGCGCACCAGGCGUACCUCCCACAGCUUGACGGGUCUUCGAUCCUCGUUGAGACCGUGGAUGCCGCCGGAUGGUCUCUUUUGCAUAGAGACUCUGGUCUUGUAGAUGUAUGUGUGACGAACGCCUUGGCAACUGCAGAAAUGGCCACAAAGCUAAUGAAGUCCGGUGCCAAAACACGUUCGGACCUCCAAUCCGUUUGGGUAGCUGCGUCUCUCUUCGUCGUGUCGAACACGUUGCUCUGGAUCCAAUACUCAAACGACGCACAUUAUGGCACCGCAACACUUAUUCAAGAGGCCGAAAGGGGCUUCGAUACAGUAUUGCAAAUCAUGUCACUAUGGGAAGGUAAUUGGACUGCCGCGAGCCAGUGGCUUAAUACACUGCGAGCGAUGCGGGCCAUGUAUCGGGCAGCCUAUCUAGGAGAUGUUGACCAGAGUCUUCUUGCCGAGGCUGCAGUGCCGUCUUGGAGCCCCGAGUCGUCCAAGUUUCGACCGCGGCCCGGUGAUGGCUUCCUCUCCUUGCACGCAGCUUCCACCUUGUCUGAAUCCCUGCGGUUUUUGGCGAGCGAUACCUCUGUCGAGCCCAAGAGGCUUCAGACUGUGUGGACGCAGUUUGCGACUGGCUGGCCUCAUGACUUUGUUAAUGGGGAUCUGUACGGAACCCUGCAAAGCUAA